GCGGCGGGGCGGGCGCCCGCCGUCAGCGUCGGCGCGCAGGAGGCCGGCGGGGCCGGUGCUGGGCGCUGGAGCCGUCGCGGCAGCGGGAAGAUGGAUGCGCUGCGUUCGUCCCUUGCCGCUAGGCAUCCUCCUCUGGCCGCGGCACGGGCUUCCAAAGCAGCUGAGUCCAGGAGCUUAAGGAAUGCCAUGCAGUAGGUGCUGAACUAAGUGGCACUGAAAGUAACAGAAAAAGAUGGCAGUCUGUAUUUGAAGUAAUUAAACACGUGGACUCUCACUGAUAAGAAACCAUGUCCAAAAAAGGACGUAGCAAGGGCGAAAAGCCUGAGGCACUGAUUGUUGCCCUACAGGCUGCCAAUGAGGAACUCAGGACCAAGCUAACAGACAUUCAAAUUGAGCUGCAUCAAGAGAAAUCAAAGGUUGCUAAACUUGAAAGGGAGAAGACUCAAGAAACUAAGCGCAUCCGCGAGGUGGAGCAGCGCAAGCAGACUGUGCAGAUCACAGAGCUAAAAGCCAAACUCCAUGAGGAGAAAAUGAAGGAGCUGCAGGCUGUGAGGGAGAACCUCAUCAAACAGCAUGAGCAGGAGAUGACACGGAUGGUCAAAGUCCGAGACAGUGAAAUCCAGCGCCUGAAGUCAGCGCUGAGUGCGCUGCGGGAUGGGAGCAGUGAUAAAGUAAGGACAGCGCUGACUAUUGAGGCUCGUGAGGAGGCCAGAAAGCAGUUCGACUCUGAGCGCCUUAAACUUCUGCAGGAAAUUACUGAACUGAAGUCUGCCAAAAAGCAGGUAGAUGAGGCCCUUAACAAUAUGAUCCAAGCCGAUAAGAUCAAGGCAGGGGAUCUUCGGAGUGAGCAUCAAUCCCACCAGGAAGCCAUUUCCAAGAUCAAAUGGGAGAGUGAAAGGGAUAUUCGCCGCCUGAUGGAUGAGAUCAAGGCUAAAGACAGGAUCAUAUUUUCCUUGGAGAAAGAACUGGAGACACAGACAGGCUAUGUACAGAAGCUGCAGCUGCAGAAGGAAGCACUGGAUGAACAGCUCUUCUUGGUGAAGGAAGCAGAGUGUAACAUGAGCAGUCCCAAGAGAGAAAUCCCAGGAAGGGCCGGAGAUGGUUCGGAGCACUGCAGCAGCCCUGACUUGCGCAGAAACCAGAAGAGGAUAGCAGAGCUGAAUGCCACAAUCCGAAAGCUGGAGGACAGGAAUACGUUGCUUGUUGAUGAACGAAAUGAACUGCUGAAGCGUGUCCGAGAAGCUGAGAAACAAUGUAAACCUCUUCUGGAAAAGAACAAGUGCCUCACGAAGAGAAAUGAUGAACUUAUGCAGUCUUUGCAGCGUAUGGAAGAUAAACUCAAAGCAGUUACUAAAGAAAACAUAGAAAUGAGAGAAAAAAUUACAUCACAUCCUCCUCUAAAGAAAUUAAGAUCUCUCAAUGACCUGGAUCAGGCUAAUGAGGAACAAGAAACUGAAUUCUUAAAGCUUCAGGUCAUAGAACAACAGAACAUAAUUGAUGAGCUAACGAGGGACAGGGAGAAACUCAUUCGUCGCAGAAAGCAUAAAAGAAGCUCAAAGCCAAUUAAAAGACAUGUGGUGGAUACAGUUUUUGGGUAUGAUGAUGAUUCCAUGGACUCUGAAACAUCCUCUGUGGCCUCAUAUAGAACAGACAGAACACCAGCAACCCCAGAUGAUGAUCUAGAUGAGGGUUUAGCAGCAGAAGAAUCAGAGCUGCGGUUCCGACAGCUGACAAAGGAAUACCAGGCCCUGCAGAGAGCAUACGCACUACUGCAGGAGCAGACGGGGGGCAUCAUAGAUGCUGAAAGAGAAGCCAAGGCUCAGGAGCAGCUCCAAGCUGAAGUCCAGAGGUAUAAAGCUAAAAUAGAAGAUCUGGAGAAAACUUUAGCACAGAAAGGGCAGGACUCGCACUGGGUGGAGGACAAACAGCUUUUCAUUAAAAGAAACCAAGAGCUUUUAGACAAGAUAGAGAAACUGGAAGGAGAAAACAACCGCCUGCAACAGGAGCUUCAGGAUGCCCGAGACCAGAAUGAGCUGCUGGAGUUCCGCAACCUCGAGCUGGAGGAAAGAGAGAGACGGUCCCCACCAUUUAAUCUCCAGAUUCACCCAUUCUCAGAUGGUGUGAGUGCUCUACAGAUCUACUGCAUGAAGGAAGGGGUUAAGGAUGUCAGCAUCCCAGACCUCAUAAAGCAGUUAGACAUCCUAGGUGAUAACGGAAAUUUGAGAAAUGAAGAACAAGUGGCCAUAAUCCAGGCCUCCACUGUGUUGUCCUUGGCAGAAAAGUGGAUCCAGCAGAUUGAGGGAGCUGAAGCUGCUCUGCAUCAGAAGAUGAUGGAACUGGAAAGUGAUAUGGAGCAGUUUUGCAAAAUAAAAGGUUAUUUGGAGGAAGAACUGGACUACAGGAAGCAGGCUCUUGACCAGGCAUACAUGAGGAUCCAGGAGCUUGAAGCCACCUUGUACAAUGCUUUGCAGCAAGAAACAGUGAUAAAGUUUGGGGAACUACUGACUGAAAAACAGCAGGAAGAGCUGAGGACAGCAGUAGAAAAGCUAAGACGUCAGAUGCUGAGGAAAAGCAGAGAAUAUGAUUGUCAGAUUCUUCAGGAGAGGAUGGAACUGCUCCAGCAGGCUCAUCAGAGGAUCCGAGAUUUAGAAGAUAAAACUGACAUCCAGAAGAGACAAAUUAAGGAUCUGGAGGAAAAGUUUCUAUUUCUAUUCUUGUUCUUCUCUCUUGCCUUUAUUCUUUGGCCUUGAUGUCAAUGUGCCUCUUGGAAAGAGUGCCCGACCACAGCUCAGUCCAUAUAAAGGCAAAUGCUUCCACCCCCUGAUGAAGAGAACAUUGUUUACACCUAUUUUAAAAAGUAUAACAUUGAACAACCUGUAGCCAAGACUGCAACCACCUUGUAUUUUAAAGCCAUCACUCAAGAUUUGUUACUUGACAGUUCCUUUCUAAAGCUAUGAUAUAUGCUGCAUCUAAUGAAAUUCUACAUGUUGAAAUUGGAAAAGGGGAAGAAAAACAAACUGUGAACCUACAUCACUUGGGAAGAACUUAACGGGAAGGAACCACUUUCAGCUGAUCAAGUCAGUGUGUCUUGGGCAUGGAACCAAAGUUACAACAGAAAAACCUAUCCCUGCUGUGCAGGGCAAUCAUUUAAAUGUGAGAGCGUUGUACCACGAACAGAUCAAAAGUUGACAGGGCAGAAGAAACAUGAGCCAUGGAGAGAUGCUGACAACAAAGCGCUCAGUGUGAACUGUCUGGCUUUCUCACUGUAGGGACUCCUCCUCUCUUUGGUUUUAACCUCAGGAACAAAUGACGGCUGUGAUGUGGGGGAAGAACGGAAAAAUGCAGUGUGAUUUAACACAGGAUGGGCAGGACAGGGCACCACAGUUUGCACUUGAGACCAUAAAAGAGCACCACCCUACUCAGCAAAAGAAGGGAAGAAGAGGGUGUCUGGCAUAAGGAGGAUUUCUGAUGGAGUUCCAGCCUUCUCUCUCUUCACUCUCCCUCCAGGAAGAACAGCCUGUCUGUUGUCAGACACUUUUCAUACUCUAUUUAGAGACGGCCAUUGAGAUAAUAAUGACUGUACUUGGUUUUACUAUUUGAAUAAUACACUGAGGAUCACUGGAUUGGACCUGCAGAGUAGCUUCUGAGAAAGAAAAAAAGUGUUGGAGGGUGGAGGAGGGAAAAGUCCAUGUGGUACAAUCGACAAUGCAGCAGCUUCCAACUGUGUGGUCCCAGCUUGGAACAUAUGUUUUGGUUUAGCUUGUCAAACUGAUUUUGUUAGCUGGCUUCCUGAUCAGUGACACAUAAACCAAAACUGGGGACAAGCUGUGUGAACACGUCUUAUUAAGUCAAAAGUAUCGCUAGUCUUUAUAGAUUUUUCCACAGCUAAGGACCAGUAUGAGUAGUUUGCAUUUCAAAGCAUUACUUCCCCUUCUAACCACAAAGCUUGGAGCCCAGUCCUGGUGUCUCCCCGAGGUCUCACAGGUCCGUGCUGUGCAGUCAGGAGCAUCACACAUGCAGCCGGCAUGGUGAGGUCCUGCACCCCACGAGCACUGCUGUGCUGAAUGGAAAGUACUGAACAGGGCACUUCUCUGUGCCACUGUUUCCAUCGCCCUGCAAAUGGAGUCGUACCUGUUUAGACUUUGGGUUCCUGUGGCAAGGCUCCUUUUUAAGUUGUCUUCCACGAUUGAGCCUUACUUUUUUCACUGAGAGAAAUGGAUGUCCGUAUUACAAAAUAGAAAACUGAGGGCCAGAAUACAGCCUGCGCAUUACUUAAACCUUCAAAAUAGGCCUCAAGUGUACCAACACUUUACGCACACACCAGAAGCUUUAAAAGUGCUUUUAUAAACAGUCUGUCCUUUGCUUGUUUAUUUCUACAGAUGAAGCAACUGAGGCACAAAGCAGUGAAGUAACUUGCCACAGCAACUUCAGCAGGUCAGAAGCAGCUCCUUAGCUACAGCAGAGAUGAAGUUCCUUUAGUAUUGAGGGGUGCCUGCUCCUUGCAGGUAUUUGUUGGCCAGAAUAGCUUUUAUUCAUUAAUGUCCAUUCACCCAACUGGGUUGCAAUGCUGGGCUCCAUUUCUCCACAAAGAUUCUUACCAUCCUCAUUUCUUGCAUGCCCUGAGAUUGAGUUAAGCCUUCCAUCAAACACUAGAAGCUAUUUAGCAAGUGAGAUUUUCCUGCUCCUUAAAAUUAAUUUAAAUUAUGGAAUGACCACAUCUUCCUUAAGCAGUCUGUUUCAGCCAAGGGGUUUACUGAAUUCUGCACCAGCUGUAUGUUGGUUGGUUCAUUUUUUUAAGACAGGCUUUUAGGCAGGUAUGUUAAAUGAAUAUAGGUAUGUUGCAUGCUCUUUGUUCAAACUCUUUCCCCCAGAAGAAUCUGUGGUUAAAGUUGUCCCAAACCUACAUGUGCUUUCCAAGAGUGCUGAUAGCAGUUCAGUCCUGAAGCUCUGGAGUCAGCCCGUUUGGAAGUCUCAUCCACACACGUGACACCUUUAGAUCACUGAGCAACUUCACAACAUCUUAUUAGCUACAAAUGAGAGUUUCCUCUCUGGUUAUUCUCUCUAGCACCUCUCACUGUUUGUUUUCCCCUGUUGCAGUCCAUUGUUCCAGUUGGCUGCAGUGUCCUGCAAGGUGAAACAGGCUGUGGAAGUUCUUUGCCCUAGCAUUAGGACCGGCAAUGAAACCAUUGAGCUCUUCCUGUAGAAUGAGCAGCGCCUGUGUUCUGUGACAGCAAAAGCUUCCACCUCUGCUUGGUUGAAAAAGAACAAAACAAAAGGAGGAUUACAAAAGUUUGUUUCAGGCACUCAUGAGGAAGGGUCCUGGCAGAUAGAAAUCCCAUGUUUCUGGACACACUGACUGAUCUUGCGGCAGGCUUCAUCAGUUAGGCCCUCUGAACUGUGCUGUGCACAUUUUCAGUUACUUUUUUUUUUGCCUAAUUUCCUCUCCUUCACUCUUCUGCACACGUGCACCUGCAGGUGCUAUGUUCCAAGGGCUCCAGGUGGCUGGGAGUGGUAUCAGUCCACAGCUUAUCUUGGUCUGCAGAUUUGUAAACAAUUGAGUGUUCCCGCCAGAGAGCCUUGCAGCUGCUUUGCUCUGCUUGCAGGGUAACAUAAGCCAUGCCUAAAACACACUUGCUGAUACUAGUAAUACAAACCUUCUGCUAUCAGCUAGAUCAAAAUGAGUUUGAUGGUUUUGUGUAUAUAUAUACAUGUAUCUAUAUACAAUAUAUAUGUAUAUGUACAUAUAUAUACAUACAUAUGCAUUUAUUCCCUAUUGUAUAUAGUAAAUCAUUGAUAUAGCUUAUGGAAGUGUACUUCCAAUCUAGGUAUGGGGAACUGAAUCUAGACUUGUUUAGCUGCUACAACUGGGGCACUCCUCAUGGUUUAGUUUUACAGCUCAUGGGCAACUCGGUUUUGGAUCUGUUUUUCUGAGAUCUCACCCCUUCGAUGUCCUGAAGCUGUUUAUCCAGGACUUUCUGCUGCUCCUGGUACUCACUGAGGCAAAGUAUUGAGAAUCAUCCCUGAAAUCUCUCACUGCAGUCAACCCUCCCCAGACCAACCAACAAAAUGAAAACCGAUUUAUUGCAGCUUUUGAGGACAGCAAAUGGAGCCCUGGAUUCCUCCCCCCGCCCCCAUCCAUCCAUCCUGGCCCGUGGCAGGAGUUACUCCAGGCUAUCCAUGUGGUCACAGGAGCCAUGUAGCGCAAGUCAGCUUGACCAAAAUCUGAGUUGCUGCUUUUUCUCCACUGACUAAGGAGAUUUUCAAGACUCUUGUUUCAACUUUAAGCAUUCCAGAUGAGAGCCCAGUGAGGUGAGAUGGAUUUAGGCACUGCAGGUCACAGGAGGCUUCUUGCACUGUGACCAGCCUGCCUCCCACCUCCAUCCUCUCUUACUGACUGCGGGGACACCGUGGAGACUUUUCUGUAGGUGUUCCCCAUUUGCCAGCUCCCUGCCCUCAUCUCAGUAGGAAACACCCUCUGCCCCCCCCGAAGCUUCCUGGGCAGGCCAGGCUCUCCUGCUCCUUUGGGCAGGGCUCAGGAACAGCCACGCAGCUCCUGGCGAUUCCAAGCGUUUUUCCUUUCCCUCCCAUCAGCACCCAGGUGUUUUUUAUGUACUUUUUGUCCCCAUUUUUUUUUGUGUCUGUUCAGAACAGAAUUGUAAAUGACUUGGCAGAAUGACCCUUUGAUAAACACUGGACAUGUAUCUGUACUAUAUGUAUUAACGUGUAGAAGAGAAUCCUCAUUGUAUGUAAAGUUUUAUGAAUGGUUAUUUUUUAAUUUACGUAUUUAAUAUAGGAUUCAAUGACCUCUGGUGUUUUAGUUUGUACAAAGAAUAAAACAGCAGCGUUUUUACAAAACAAAAUGCCACUUUA